CCAAAACGGUACAAUUGAGGGCGCUGUCUUAUUCUACAAUGAGAAAAGGCAAAAUAUGGCGACACAGGGAAUGCCAAACAAAGGAGUGGUCACGAAGAGACUUCACAAGGAGUUAAUGCAGAUUCAGAAAGACCCCCCACCUGGUAUCAAAAUCAACGAAGAAAAGGCAGCUACUGUUCUCAAUACAUGGCAUGUAGAUCUAGAUGGAGCACCCAACUCAAUCUAUGCCGGAGAAAAGUUUCAACUUCAAUUCAAGUUCAGCAAUAAAUACCCUUUUGAUUCGCCAGAGGUGGUGUUCAUAGGAAGCAACAUACCUGUUCAUCCACACGUCUACAGCAACGGUCACAUAUGUCUAUCAAUACUCACAGAAGACUGGUCCCCUGCCCUCUCUGUACAGUCUGUAUGUUUAAGUAUAAUUAGUAUGCUCAGCAGUUGCACAGAAAAGAAAAGACCACCUGAUAACAGUUUCUAUGUGAAAACAUGCAAUAAAAGUCCAAAGAAAACAAAAUGGUGGUAUCAUGAUGACUCUGUAUGACACCAGCAAAGCUUCCAUCUUUCACCCGUAGAGAUUUCCAUCUUGCUCCCCGCUAGGACAUCGUCCAUCCAGCCCUCUCUCUCUCUCUCUCUCUCUCUUUGCUCAUCAGAGGUCAGGACUCCUCAACCGAGGUCAAAGGAUACCGGUCCCACCAAGAUCAAAGGUUACCGACCCUAGUCAGGUUUGACCUGUCAGUGUUGCUGUUCUAGUUGUCCAAAGAAAAAUCGUUCAUGCUUCUGAUGAAAGGUGUAUAAUACCCUUUUCAGCAACAUGAUUCCUCAUCCAGGGUCAAAGGUCACAGGCCAUACAUGUACAUCAGGUUUGAGCCGAUGAUGUUGCUAUUCUUUAUUUCCAUAGAAAACCUCACUUCUUUCUAAUGGAAGGUAUAAAGAUUAAGUACAGGUAGAGGACAAAAGAUGAGGAUGGCCCUAAGGUUUGAACGGUACAUCCUAGUUAAGUGACCGUUGUAAAGGUUUCUGAAGGCUUGCUUGACAGAAAUGUUUGUCUCUUAGGCCUUGUGGACCUUCAAAGAUUAUUCUUGAUCUGCUUGUUAUAAAAGCAGGACUGUUUAUAGAUUGACCCCUCCCCCUGCCCGCCCAAAGAUGUUCCUCUUCAGGAUUUUUGAUACAUUAAAUUUUGCUGCAAAUGAUGAUCGUUAUGGAUGAGAGGGAAGAUGAAUCUGUAAAAUGCUGUGAAUAAAGAAGCAAGUGAAAGAGUUUAAUACUCUGAAUAAAGUGACUCUUAUAAUCCCAUCCUAUGAAUUAAAAAAAAUAAUCACAUUUACCAUUAUUCUUUGUACUUGUUCCACGAUGCUUUUUCAAAGUACAUGAUGCAAUUAACAGGUAUAAUAACUGCACACAUAGCCAUAUACAUUGGAAGGUGUUAUGUAGUGAUAAAUUUUAAGUUGUUGCAAUUUAGUCGUAAAUACAGUAAAUAAAGUAUAUAUAUAUUUAUAUGAGAGUAUGUGUACAUAUCUGUAGUGUAUUUUUUGAUGGUUAGAAGGAGAUGACUAUGGAGGAUUUUUUUCUCUCAGAAUGUUUAAAUGUUAGAACCAGGUGGCCGUUUCCUCAAAACCGUCUCAAGUCUAACUUCUUGGACAUCUCAUUGAAACGUGUGUUAUAAGAAUGAAGAUGGUUUUGAGAAACCGGCCCCAGAGUGUUGUAGAGGAGAACGAUAUUCAGGUAAUAAUCAGAGCACAUAGGUACUUUACUAUUGCUAUGUACUGUAUCUCAUUUGGAUCUUCUUUUCUGUUGUCAUAUCAGACAACAACUAAAUUAUUCAUACCCUUUGUAAAUUCGAUGUUUUUUCUGCUUUUUGUAACUCGAGAAUGAAAGAUGAACUGGUUAAAUUAGGGCCUUUUUUUUUCAAAUUUGAGACGUAAGCUUCUGCAAGAAACCUAAAUCGAGAAAAAUCAAUUUUUCACAUACUUAACAAAUUUCAAAACUGGGAAUGGGUAUGAAUAAUUUAGAUGUUAACUGUACGUGUAUCCAAUUAUGUAUAUUUAGUUGACAUAGGUGAUGGAGAUAUUUGUAUGAUGCUGAUUAUGGAGUGCGAUGCAACACCAGCACAUUUUACCAGGUUGUAGGCAUUUUGCACUCAUCUCAAUACUUAAUUUUCUCCGCCCAGAUCUUAGAUAUUUUAAAUUGACUGAAAUCAUGGUUUCCUCCGUGAAUUAAAGCCCCACUGCACUACUUAUAGAAACUUGCGCCCUCUAUAUAGCAAACAAUGCCUAAUCAGUGACUAUUGGUCCUCCAGGAUCCUUUUUUCUUAUGUUAAUUGAGAGCUUAUUUGAUGAGAUAUCCACCUGGCAGUGACCAUGCAGGGAGGUCUAAUCCCUCCUGGUCAAACUAGUGUGGUGGGGCUUUAAUAGUGAAUUGAAUUGUCUUAAAAAAACAAUUGUCUUAGAUUUGCCAAUUUAUGUGUAGAUAACAUACUAGUACUAGCCAGGUUGUAGCACACACGAUCCAGUGACCAUUGCUACAUAGUCAAAUAUCCAACACCUGCCAAAUUCUUAGGAGCUUUACCCCAGGAUGAUACACUAUACCUCACCUUACCUUAACCCCUAGAACUAACCUACAAACCCAGUUGCAACCUUAUUCCAAAACUAAUCCCAUAUUGUUUAUUGUUAGGCUUCCUGGGAGAAGUUUCAAUUGUUAUUCAGAAAUUUUGGCUCGCGCACAGUAGAUCGCGUGCUCAAUCUUGUAAUUGACGAGUCAGAAAAAUCUCGGUACCAGCAGGAUUUGAAGCUGCCAUCAACUGCUUACCAGACAGGGACUCUACCACCAGGCCUUAACUGGUACAUGGCAUAGUCACGGACUCACGGUGAUCUGGAAACAAAUACCUCAGCUCUCUUGACUCAUUCAUCAGUCGGACAUUAAGACAAUAGCCUUGAAUGUUAGGCAAACCAAAAUCUUUUUUACACAAUUUAUCCCAUUUCUGUGAUGACAUAAAUCUCAGAGGAAAUGUCGUUUGAGCAUUUCUUACAGCACCAUGCUCCAGUGUGUUUUGUUAUGUUGCUUCAUGCAGGCUUUUCAGAGCCAGAAGGGUGUUAACUCUGUGUUAAAGUUGCAUUGGUUCAGGCCCUUCUGGUUGUAUAUUCAAGUUGGACCAAAUUAUUCCAGUUUGUGGUAGGCCUUAUUCCAAUUAGGCUAAUUAGCAAAGGUUGCUCCAUGCUCUCUUGUAAAGACUCAAUGUACAUGUAUGAUGAAUACCUGUAGUUUGAAGAAUAAGUCUGUCUUUUUGUUAGUUUCUCUACAUAAAUCGUGUCUUCGUCUCUAUUAUGACAGGUAGUUAUUCUGGAAAAGUAAGGGUAUCAAAACUUUGUAAUUUAAUUUUAACUUAAUGAUAAAUAACCAUAGUGAAGGCAUCAUUAGAGGGGGGUAGGGGGGGGGGGGGGGUCCUAAAUAUAUUGAAGCUUUUCAUGCAUAUGGAAAUUCUUCAACUUAUUUGAUUUUAACCUAUUUUGUAUGAAGACUUACAAAUUAAACUACUUGCAUAAUCUUAUAAUUUGUCAAUGCUACUGGUCCAUCUAGCUUUUCUUGGCUUUAUUGCCGGGAAGAAAUGAAUUUUGAUAAAGAGACUCUUUUUAUAUUUAGAAUGCGUUGGUCUAUAUAGUGGGGAACUUUGUUAUGUUUGCCUACAUAUUGUUGGCGAUAUUUUGAACUAACGAAUCUGUCAUAUUACUGUACGGAUUCAUCGGCUCAAAAUAUAUUCAAGCCGUAUGCAUCAUACAUAAAACAAAAGAUUGUUUUUUUUUCUGUUGGAUGUUCUUCAUUUUGAUAGACAUGUUCACAACUGAAUUAGAGAUAGUGAUUACAUGAAUUAUUGUCAAGAUGUUCCUACUCAACUUUCAUUAUGCUGUUUGAACCUGAUUAAUUAAAACUACUAAAUGCUGAUAUAAAUUAUUGCAUCAUAUGAAUUAUAAAUUGCUCAUAGAGUACUUUCGUUUUUACAUUUUUUUUCCUAGAUUUUGUUUUUAUAUGCAACUCAUUAAUUCAGAUACAUAUAUAUUUGUAUGUAAUUACUGCAGGUAACCUUACUAUUUUUAUGACUAUUUAUGUUUCGUUUGUUGUACUUGAAUAUUUACUUUUUUAAAGUAGCCUUUGUUUCUUACCUAAAUUGUAUGCAGAUUUUUGUUUUCAACUACUAGCUGUGGGUUGACUCAUUAAAUAUACUUUUGUUUUCGUUGGUGAAGUUUAAAUGCUGUCUAAGUGAAUAAUUUCAUCUGAUUUUUGUUAAAGUAAUAUGUUCCUUUUUUUUAAUACACACUGUUUGAUUUAAUUUAUAAUCAUGUUACAAGGGCAAUUACAUGCUUCAUGUAAUUGAAAGGAAAUAUUGAUCGCAUUGUGUGUGUAUGUGUGUGUGUCAAUGAAAAUGUCUGUAAUAUGUCUAAAAUUCUGAUACAAUGCCAUGGACCAUGUCCGUGGAUUAAAACUAUUGAAAUGCAUAUA